CCGUGUGAACUCGAAAAAAGGGUCCAGACUCCAAAGAAUCGAAGAGCUAAACCCGGGAAACCAAACCGGGUCCGAAGUCCAUCGAGUACUUGGUUUGACCACAACUGCUGAUCGGCACUGCCCCAAUUCAUCGACAGAAACCUGGAUUAUAUCCAGCAUUUCAACUCAGAACAACUUUUUUUGUUAUGUUUUCUUUUUGGGGCUAAUUAUUUGCAACUUGAAAAUCAGCUGGAGUAAUGAACUCAAACGCCGUUCCAUCAUCGAGUGCCGGAUCUGCCGAUAAUACAGCAGCUAGAAGAAAUUCCAAGCGACCUAAGUAUUCAAGGUUUACGCAGCAGGAACUUCCAGCAUGUAAGCCAAUCCUCACACCAAAAUGGGUGAUUUCUGCUUUUUUGCUUGUCGGUGUUGUUUUCAUUCCAAUUGGAGUGGUAUCCCUGUUUGCUUCUCGAGAUGUUGUUGAGAUCAUUGAUCGGUAUGAUGCUGAGUGCAUACCAAAAAAUUCAACUGAUGAUGAAGUUGGCUACAUACAAAGUUCUAAAAGUAAAACAUGUAAAAGAACUCUAACAGUACCAAAAAAUAUGAAGCAGCCGAUUUAUGUGUAUUAUCAGCUUGACAACUUCUAUCAGAAUCAUCGCAGAUAUGUGAAGAGUCGAAGUGACCAACAAUUGAAGAACCCAAGUAAAAUGGAUGACACCGGUUCCUGUGAACCUGAAGACAAAUCAAAUGGGCUUCCAAUUGUUCCUUGUGGCCUAAUAGCUUGGAGUUUGUUUAAUGAUACUUACAUCUUUUCUCGCAGCAAUCAGCAAUUGCCUGUAAACAAGAAAGAUAUUGCUUGGAAGAGCGAUAAGGAUCACAAGUUUGGGAAAAAUGUCUUCCCAAGGAACUUCCAGAAUGGGACUCUCGUUGGGGGUGGCAAGCUUGAUUAUAACAAAUCACUAAGCGAGCAGGAGGACCUAAUUGUUUGGAUGCGUACUGCUGCUCUUCCAACUUUUAGGAAGUUGUAUGGGAAAAUAGAGGUGGAUCUGAAGGAGGGUGAAGCCAUAAAUGUGAUAUUGCAGAAUAAUUACAACACUUACAGUUUCAAUGGCAAGAAGAAGCUCGUACUUUCUACGACUAGCUGGCUUGGUGGGAAGAAUGAUUUUCUUGGUAUUGCUUAUCUCACAGUAGGUGGAUUGUGUAUCUUUCUGGCUAUGGCUUUCAUGAUUAUAUAUCUAGUUAAGCCAAGGCAACUUGGAGAUCCAUCUUAUUUGUCGUGGAACCGAAACCCAGGAGGUCACUAGGAAAGCCGAUGAAGGCUGGUUGGCUCGAGCACCUUACAGUCUGGGUGGGCACAGGUUGUGCAUUGUAAGAACUAUCUGUACAAGUUCUUUUUAAAUUGUUUGCAUGUGGAAUUUAGACUCGUUUGCUAGCAGAGGAUGGUAUGUAAUGAAGUAUUUCUUUGAUAACAGUAGUCAAAUUUAUCUCUAGUUUAUUGGCUGAAAGCCUCUCUUUAAGAGUUCAUUUAAACAUGAAAGGUACUGUACUCUUUUCCUAAAAGACAGGCUCUACUUCUGAGGGUUGCCGUAAAGGAGCAAAAUGAAAGACCAAAGCUUUUUUCUAAUUGAGAGGCUAGAAAA